GAUUUUUGGGGUGGACUGCGGCACCAAGUCGAUGGACCUCUCUUAUGGUGCAAAACCAACAACCGACAUCAUACACCGAAUGUGCAAGGAUGUUAGUCGGUCAAGUGCUGCCAAAAUACGAGAAAUUCUGAGGGAAGCAUUGAAGGGCACAAAAAAACAUGACGAUGAGGAGGUCGCAAGAUUAGUUUGCAUGUAUGCAUGCGUCAAGCUAUUCUUUUCUACAUCCGGAGAAACAAUUGGAUGGGUUUUCUACUCAUACAUGGACCCAUUACACAAGAUGAUCGAGUAUGAUUGGGCUGAGAGCAUCCGGGCAACCUUGAUGGGUUCAUUGGGCCAAAACUGUGGAAAACCAGGACGAGUCACCGGAUGUGUGAUGUUGUUAAUGUAUUGGCUGUGUGAGCAUACAACAAUCUUACAACCCCGCAACCCCAAUGCCAUUCCACGAUGCGUAAAAUGGGACCUCACAGCCUUACAUAGCAACAUGAAGUCCAUAACUUUGGCUAAGCUAGGUUUAAAUGAGGUAUAUGGCGGCGAGCUAAUGGCAUCACCAACUGAAGCGAAGAUGUAUCGUCAUACAAAAUUGAAUGUGGAGCCAAAACCUGAGAUUUUGUCAAGUGCAGUAGCAAAGAAAGAUGAAAGCAAUGAGGAUCAAAGCAAAGACAGUCAGCGCAGUGAUGACAGGGAUGCAUUUUCUGUCGAUGCAGUGGACCUGAAUGAUGUUGGACAUUAUAUCAACCCCAGCUGUAGCACCCCCAAUGCUGAGAAAGGAAUCAUCAUAGCACAACCAACUGAGCCCGACAUUGUGGAAGUACUCAUAAAAGAAAACCAAAAAGCUUGGGCUCUUGUACAGCAAUGGGAAGCGAAAUACAAACGGUUGGAAGAAUCAUGGGAGUUGAGGGCAAGGGUGAUUGCUGCCCUUGAAGCCAAACUAUUUGACCAAUCGGGCUCAUCCAAUGUGGACAUGGACAUGAAGACUUGCAUGGAGUGGAAAGAUACAGAAAUUCAGCGGCUGACAAAGUUGGUCAUCAACUUGGAAUGUGAAAAAACAAUACUUCAAGACCUUUUUGACGAUCAGUCCGUCCACAUCAUCACUCAAGUUGAAGCACAAAAGGCUCAUGACAGCCUUAACAAGAAUCCCACUGCAGCAUUGGAACACAUUAUCAGCCCCCCAUCAAGGGUAAAGCGCAUAAAGCAGAAGGUAAGGAAAGAACACAGGUUGGACGAGUUUGAAUACCCCAACCUGCCUGGUCAGAAGAAAGGGAAAGAAGGAGCCGAACAGCAAUCACAUGCAGUCCAAAUUGCACAAGAUUUAGACAAGCAACCACCAAAAAAGCAGCCAACAAAGUCCAAGAAGUUAACCUUGAACAACAAACUGAAGGUCUGGGCUAACAUGAACAAACUCAACAAGCAAAAAGUCCAAAAUUUGCACAAGAACGGCGGUGAUUAGUAAGUGAUCUUACAU